CCUGUUUUGGCAACGCGUACAUGUGAGCCACAUGUGUGCAGCUAGAUGAAGGAGGUGCUACCCCAGCUUUGCGGAGGCUGCACAGCUGGUCUUCAAGCGCUACUUCUUCGGUCGCAAUGCAGGGAGCCAAAGAAGCCCAAUGGAGUUGCCUGGAUGGUAGAAGGAGAAGAAGGAGGAGGCGAGUCCACAGAGGCAACAGAAAGAGCAGAGCUGCGACAACGUGUUAGACACGUGGCUGAGAAGCACCUCGUCGGGCUGAAGGAGGCUUUGUUGGAGCAGACGGGCGGCGCAGUCGAGAGAUUGCAGAAGGCCCGGGCUCCUAUCUCUGCCUUUCGCAGAAAUAGGUUCAAACGCUCAGUCUCUGUGUUUGAAGACAAGUCGACUGGAAUGCCCACGGAUGAGGGGCCAUCCAUUCGGCGGUCAUUUCGGAGGUCAGCCUCACUGGGACACCCCAGCGACCGUUUGACACCAGCACUGCUUGCGCUGGAGGAUGUCGAUACACCCUGCACCUCAACCGUGGUCAGUGCUGCAGCAAGCGAAGUGGCUAGUGACACCUCUGACUCGCCAUCCCGGAGAUCUUCCCUAAGGGACGUCCAGGACUGUGGUAGAGGAAAUCGCAAGGCGAGCCGUAUCACCUUCGAGGGGCUGGAGCAGCUGCAAGCUGUAGAUCAGCUGAUUAGCGACAGUGACGACGACAAGGAGGUUUCUGCACCGCAUCCUGGGGCCAGGCAGCGGGUAGGCAGUGAUGCCUCCUCCGUGGGAAGGAAGAGCGACGCAUCUUCUGUGAAUUGGCGUGCUGAUCUCUUGGAUGUGGGAGAGCACUAUGCAGCUGCUUCAGCCGCAAAGAAGGGAAAUACCUCCAUCAACGACAUUGUCAGCCUGGUGGAAGCAGAGCGAGAGAGAUGGGAAGAGGAGAAACAGGCACUUGAAGUGAGGAUUGAAGAGUUGAAGGAGCAGCUGCGCACGUUGCAGGCCCGGCAUAGCCCGGAUGCAGAGAAGCAGGCAUUGAAAGCUCAGUUCCAAGACUUGCGGAAGGCUCAAAAGGCUCGAAGCAGAUUUGGUGCUUGGGUUUGUGCAAGACACAUGAUGGAAAGUGAUGAUGAGGAGACCAACGUGGAGAAAGAGGACCUCCGCCGCAAGAUGUCAGACCUCACCACCAGACUUCGCAGAGCCAAAGCAGCUCUUGGGGCGGCUUCCAGUGAAUCUGAUGUGUCACCCAGAAAGUGCAUGUCGCCGGGAAUCAUACGGCGCCGAUAAUUUGCAUCUACUUGGGCACGUACACGUGCCUCGUCUACUGCGCAAGGUUGCUUGAUUUCCGCUCCUUGCGAUCAAUGAUGUGUGCAUCAUAGUCGAUCUUCGGACAGUGUUUUCCCAGCAUCCACUUGUAGGGCAGAAUGUCCUGAAUUCGCAUCAUAAUACUUGCAUUAUGAUUAUUGAAAUACUUCUCGAAUAUAUUCUACAUAUAUUC